AUGAUUAGGUACACAACGGUUGGAAAAAAGAAAGAGCAGCAUUUCGAUAAGUUGUACGUGCUGGACCAUGACGUUCUGGAGAACCGGAGCUACCCACUGGCAUUCUCUUGGCAGGCAAAGGCCUUCUCAAAAACCGAUCCGGUUAAGGUUCCAAAGUUGGAGGCGUGGUUGAUAAACAAGGCGCUCGAGCAGGAUCACUUCAAGCUGUUUGUGAUGGAGGAUAUCACUGACAAAGAUCCUGAGACGGCAUACGACCUACUGGUUACACGCAAGCAAAUGCCCAUUCCCAAGGAGUUCUUGGAUAGCGCUUGGGACGGAUCGUCGGCACGCGAAGUCUUGCGAUUGGUGAUUGACAGAAUCAAGAUUCUCGCCAACAGCGAGGAGCCUGAAAAAAUUUCGGAAGUGCAUGAAAAGUUCCGGCACUUCGUGGACCAUUGGCGCGUGACAAACACGGUCAUUGGGAGAGAUCAGCUUUCGAAGAACGUCGGAGAACCUGCUGUUCUCACUGCGACAUCUGCCCGACGUUGGGUUUCCGGAGUAAUCAAUUUGGAUUUCGCCGGAUUGGACUCGGAGGACUCAAUUGGAGAUUCCCCCGACAAGACCUACGAACUGCUCACUAAGACCUUGGCAGCCGUUGAGGAGAGUAAUAAGACGACAAAGACCUCCGUGGAAUCGCUUUCAAAGGUAGUGGUAGCGGGCAUCCAUGGACAAGCAUUGGACAAGGCGCCGCCAAAUACAGUGGAAAAGAAGUGGCCCACAAGACUCUCCUAUCUGAAGAGAGUUGCUGGUACUACGACCUCAGCUCAGCUUCCAACCCUCUGGUACGAGCUAGCAAAGUGUAAGAAGCACGAAUCAAUUGGAAUUGUGCAGUCCCUGCUGGAUGAUGAGGCCGAGAAACUGAACCUCAAUCUGGAAUUCAUCGUUUCAGCCCGAGUAAUCAAGAGCCUGGUGGAAUUGGAAUUCUCUUCGCGCGGCGACGUUGAAAAGGGGUUGAACAUGUUUAAUAGUGUCCGUUUCCAGCACUACAAAAAUGCAAACGCGAUCAACGUGGAAUCGCUUUCGGAGGUAGUGGUAGCGCGCAUCCAUGGACAAGCAUCGGACAAGGCGCCCCCAAAUACAGUGGAAAAGAAGUGGCCCACAAGACUCUGUAAGCUGACUGACGAGGAAGCAACCGCAAUGAAGGAUUAUGUAAAUAAGAAUAAGUGA